CGCGCAGUGUGUUACCCUGGUCAGGAGGAAGCCGUCCGAGGACGCAGGGCUGCAGGGCCGUCCGGCACGCGGCCGCAGAAGCCUCUCCCCGCUGUCCGGCGCCCCCGCGGGGGUGGCCAGCGCGCGUCCGUCCGGGAGGGAACUUUCAGACACUCGUGCGGACCGGGCGCCCGGAGACGGGGCUGGACCAGGACCGCGCGGGGAGGGGAAACGGGCAGCCGGGAUCCGGCGGGACCGACGGACUCCGGGGCGGAGCCGGGGCGCGCGGGGCCCAGUCGCAGGCAGCGCCUGCGGGAGCCCGGACCGGGCCGCUGCCCGCGCAUCCCCGCCGGCGCAUCCCUGCACGGCCGCCCCAACCGCGACCCCCGCGCGGGCCAAGCUGAGCGCGGAGCGUCUCCGCUCCUGGAGGGAGGUCCGGAGGUCCCGGCAUGGCCGCGCCGGGGGCGUCGCCCGGCGCCUGGGGGUGGCUGCUGCUCGGCGGGUGCGUCCUCGCCGGAGCGCAGCUGAAUUCUGACGGCACCGUCACCAUAGAGGAGCAGAUCGUCCUUGUGCUGAGAGCUAAGGUGCAGUGUGAACUCAACAUCACCGCUCAGCUCCAGGAAGGAGAUGGAAAUUGUUUCCCAGAGUGGGAUGGACUCAUUUGUUGGCCCAGAGGAACAGUGGGGAAAAUCUCGGCCGUCCCAUGCCCUCCUUAUAUUUAUGACUUCAAUCACAAUGGAGUUGCUGUCCGACACUGUAAUGCGAAUGGAACAUGGGAUUUUAUGCACAGUUUAAAUAAAACAUGGGCUAAUUAUUCAGACUGCCUUCGCUUUCUGCAGCCAGACACCAGCCUCGGAAAGCGGGAGUUCUUUGAGCGCCUCUCCAUCCUGUACACGGUCGGGUACUCUGUCUCCUUUGGCUCCCUGGUGGUGGCUGUGCUCGUCAUUGGCUGCUUCAGACGAUUGCAUUGUACCAGGAACUACAUCCAUGUGCACUUGUUCGUAUCUUUCAUGCUGAGAGCUGCCAGCAUCUUUGUCAAGGACAGCGUGGUCCAUGCUCGCCUGGGAGCAGAGGAGCUGCAGGCCCUGAUAAUGCGGGACGGCCCACGGAGUUCCAUGGAAGCACCUUCUGUGGACAAAUCACAAUACGUUGGGUGCAAGAUUGCCGUUGUGAUGUUUAUUUACUUCUUGGCUACAAACUACUUUUGGAUCUUGGUGGAAGGUCUCUACCUGCAUAGUCUCAUCUUCGUGGCGUUCUUUUCAGACACCAAAUACCUGUGGGGCUUCGCCUUGAUGGGCUGGGGGUUCCCGGCGGUGUUUGUUGCAGCCUGGGCUGUGGCACGGGCGACUCUGGCUGAUGCAAGGUGCUGGGAACUCAGUGCUGGAGACAUCAAGUGGAUUUAUCAGGCCCCAAUCUUAGCAGCUAUUGGGCUGAAUUUUAUUCUGUUUCUGAAUACAGUUAGAGUUCUGGCCACCAAAAUCUGGGAGACCAAUGCCGUCGGGCAUGACACGAGAAAGCAGUACAGGAAACUCGCCAAGUCGACGCUGGUCCUGGUGCUGGUCUUCGGGGUACACUACAUCGUGUUUGUGUGCCUGCCCCACUCCUUCGCAGGGCGCGGCUGGGAGGUGCGGAUGCACUGUGAGCUCUUCUUCAACUCCUUUCAGGGCUUCUUUGUGUCCAUCAUCUACUGCUACUGCAAUGGAGAGGUUCAGUCCGAGGUGAAGAAGUUGUGGAGUCGGUGGAAUCUCUCUCUGGCCUGGAAAAGGACGCCUGCCUGCAGCGGCCACAGGUGCGGCUCCCUGCUAACCACCGUGACUCCCAGCACCAGCAGCCAGUCGCAGAUGGGGGCCAGCGCCCGCAUGGUGCUCCUCUCGGGCAGAGUGACCAAGGCGGUCUGUACACAGCCUGACAGCCACGUGACUUUGCCCGGGUAUGUCUGGAGUGGCUCGGAGCAGGACUGCCUGCCACACUCGAUCCAAGAGGAGACCGUGGAAGGCAAUGGGAGGUGGACGGGUGAGACCACGAGGGAGGAGCCUUCCAGGCCACUGGAGUUUAGCCCAGACACUGGAGGCAGCAAAGGAGAAACAGAGGAAGUUCUGUAAUCAGCACCUGCGGCUUUAAAACGCUGGUCCACCUGGCUGUGAGAGGAGCUUGGUGGCAUUCCUCUGCUCCGUCCCCGGAGCUGGACAUUCAGGGGUGAAGAGUUCCUUCACAGCGGCGUCAGGCCCCAUGAACUGGCUCCUAUAAAUACUAAAGGCACAGAAGGAGAAGUGUCAGUGGAGUAGUUUAUUACCUUAUUUUGGCAUCACAUUCUCUUCUAAAUUGAUGUGUGGGACCUGCUCUGUGAGUGUUCAUUUUUCUGCUACUUUUGGGUAGAAAACAUUUCAAUUGCUUGCCUCUAGUUUUCUCUCAUAAAUAUCUAAGUAUGAUGGAUUUCACUUAGUAUGUGUUUAUUUUACUUCUAAGAAAUUAGGAUUCUCUUUUUCUCUUUCUCACCUGAAUGCCCCAUUUUGCCUGUUCAUAGGAGCAGUUGGGUCUGAAAAUGUACUUUGAAGGAUUAAAGAUCUAAGAGCAAGUACUCACUGGAAAAUAAGUUGGCUGGACUUUGAUAAAAUAGCAAACUUGUGACAAACUCGUUUCUUUCUAGGAACAAGGAAAAGUACUCAAACAAGAAUAUUGCACAUAUUCCUCGUCUUGAAUGUCCCUCUGUGACCAGCAAAUCUCAGGUCUUCACUCCUUUGUAAACCUUGACUCGUCACAAAGUUUGCUCGGUCAGUGAGCUCGUGUCUGUGAACUGAUUCUGUUUGCAAUCAUUUGUAUCGACUGUAAAUCACACUGCACUUACGCCUUUUCUUCUUUGAGUUAUUACUGUAUUCCAAAUGGCAUGUGGGGUAAAUUAAAAAGCUUGUUUUAAAAAUACA